UUAUAUUUUACUAGAAUCAGAGACCCCCAAAGUAUCUUUUGAUCAUUUGAAAUACAUAACAAUGGCAGCAACAGAAAAAGAUGAUGUAAAACUUCAUAUGUUGGCUGAAGAUCAACAGGACAAUAAACACACUUUAUAACUGGACAAAUUAGACUAAUUAUAAAACAUGGACAGUGGUACUGACCGACUCGUUGAGAGGCCUCCGUCAAGUCGGUUCUCCUACGCUCAGAUGUCACGAUUUCCAGAUUAUGUUGAAUCGUACAAUCCUACUCUCUCAGAUAUAAAUUUAGAUGAAACAGCACCAAAUGGUUUUGAAGAUGAGGUUAAACCAACAGCAGUCACAGAAGUCAAAGCUUCAGGAGGCAAUGCUGAUGUACAGGAUAAAAGUGCACAGGGAAAAAAAGAGAAAGGGGAACAGGGCAGAAAUAUGUACUUCAAGGAUGGAAAAAGAAGGAUAGAUUAUGUCUUGGCUUGGGAAUUAGAUGACGAUGAUGAUAAACAUAAGAAUAGAAACAUCAAGGCUAGGGAAAUAUUUGAGAAAAAUCUGAGAGAGGAAGGUCUUCAGUUAGAAGAAGAUCUGACUGUUUCUAAAGAUGAAGAAGCAGAUUUUAUGAAAGUCCAUGCUCCUUAUGAGGUCCUAACAAGAUAUGCUGAGAUUCUAAAACUGAAAAUGCCUGUUAAGAAGUCUUUCAAGAAUAUGCAGUCAUAUCAGAACUUGGUACUCGACAAAAUACAGAUGAAGUAUUCACAGUUGGAGACAAUAUUUGGUCCUUCUACGUAUUGGAGUAUAAAUCCAAUGAAAUCAGUGUCCACCAAGUUAUGGACUAAAGUAACAGGUAUAGCUAAGAGAAUUUAUACACCAUUCCAACUGAAUGAAGACCAGGUACCACAUAUCAAAAGGAGGUUUACAUUAGUGUACAGCAGAGACAAGGAAUAUUUGUUUGACAUACCAGAAGAUAGAGACACCUUCUUUGAUAAUGCUACAAGAAGUCGUAUCGUAAAUUUUAUUCUGAGGAGAAAAUCAUUCAGUACUGAUAAGAAUGAUGCUUAUUCUUUUGGCAUCAACAAGAUGAUAAACGACAAUAUUUACACAGCAGCUUAUUCAUUACACGAGGGUCAUUGGAAGCCAGGCUCAGCAUCCAAUGAAAGAAAAUUGCUGUUUGACCACUGGGGAAACUGGAGGAAUAUGUUUAAAGUUCAGCCAUUGGAACAUGUGAGGAAUUACUUUGGAGCUAAGAUAGGAAUAUACUUUACUUGGUUAGGAUUCUACACAAUGAUGUUGAUACCAGCCUCUAUUGUUGGUUUGGUGGUAUUCAUAUAUGGAAUAGCAGUGGCACCAGACAGCUACCCAGCGAAGGAGAUUUGUGAUCCCAAAAAUAACUUCACGAUGUGUCCAUUAUGUGAUUUUCAAUGUCCAUAUUGGAACCUGUAUGAGUCAUGUUCUAAUGCCAUAGCUAGUCGGAUGUUUGACAAUGGUGGAACAGUCUUCUUUGCUAUAUUUAUGUCAUUCUGGGGUACAUUAUUCUUGGAAUUUUGGAAGAGAAGGCAGGCUUCCAUGCAGUAUAAAUGGGACUUGUUGGACUAUGUUAGAGAAGAGCAACCACCUAGACCUGAAUACUUGGCAAGACUUGAAAACUGUACUCAUUACAGAAUGCAUCCUAUUACUGGGUUAAAAGAACCUCAUCUACCAUUCUGGACAAAGAGAGUACCAAUUUUCUUGAUGUCUUAUUCAAUCAUGUUUUUUCUGGGUUUUCUAGCCAUAGCUGCUGUAUUUGGUGUGAUCGCUUAUCGUGUAUCAGUGUUGGCUGCUCUGCAAGUUUUAACAAAAGACAGACCAACGUCAACAAAUUCUACAUUGGUUGCCACGACAACAGCGACAAUCUAUGAGAAUGCCAGUCUGGUGACAACUGUUACUGCUGCUUGUAUCAAUCUGUUGAUAAUCAUUAUUCUUAACAUGAUCUAUAGUCGUCUUGCUUUCUGGUUAACAGACUUGGAAUGUUUGAGGACACAGAAGGAAUAUGACGACAGUAUCACAUUGAAAUUAUUUGCCUUACAGUUUGUCAACUACUACUCUUCCAUUAUAUACAUAGCUUUCUUCAAAGGAAGAAUUAUUGGAAGGCCUGGAAAAUACACCACUAUGUUUGGGGCCAGACAGGAAGAAUGUGCAGCAGGAGGAUGCUUGAUAGAACUGUGUAUACAGCUUGCCAUUAUCAUGACAGGAAAACAGUUAUUUGUUAAUAACUUUACAGAACUUGUUCUACCAAAACUGAUAAAGAUGAUAAAGAGAUGUCUCUCCAAGGAAACAAAGGCAGACAAAGCUUCUAGAGCAUCCUAUGAGAAAGAUUACAAGUUAGAGGCUGCUCAGACAACCUCAUUGUUUUAUGAAUAUUUAGAAAUGGUGCUACAGUUUGGCUUUUUGACAAUUUUUGUGGCAGCUUUCCCACUGGGGCCUCUCUUUUCUCUCAUAAACAACAUUAUAGAGAUCAGAAUGGACUCAUCCAAAAUGAUAACACAUCUGAGAAGACCACUUGCUGAUAGAAGUCCUGAUAUAGGCAUCUGGUACAGUGUAUUGUAUGGAAUCUCAAGAAUAGCUAUAAUCUCUAAUGCCUUUAUAAUUGCUCUGACAUCAGAUUAUAUACCUAGAAUGGUAUACCUGAAUUCUUACAGUAAAGAUGAUAGCCUGAAGGGAUAUCUCAAUCAUACGAUGUCAUAUUUCAACACAUCUGAUUUUGAGGGAGAUCAUAGGCCUACAUAUGCUGGAAGUGAAAACAUACAGAUUUGCAGAUAUCGAGAUUUUAGAAACCCACCAUGGUCGGAGAAUGCCUAUGAAUUUUCACAAUUAUACUGGCAUAUACUGGCUGCUAGAUUUGUAUUUGUUGUAGUAUUUCAGAACGUAAUUGUUUUCAUCACUGGUUUGAUUGCUUGGUUAAUCCCAGAUGUCCCUGCACAGUUGAAAGUUCAAAUCAGAAGAGAGGCUUAUAUUAGCAAUGAGAUUAUUAUAAAGACAGAAUUACUCCGUGCUCAAGGAAAGUCUCCAGAGGAAGGAGAAGCAGCCAUUGAAGCAAUAUCUGAUGUUGGACCUCAGUAUCAGCUUGAUGAUACAGGAAGUGCAAAAUUAAUGUUAAGGAAGUCACCUGGGAACUCUCCUGAAAGGGAGGAAGAAAAUGUUGUAUAGUUAUUUACAAGAUUUGUUUCUGAAACUUUUUCCAAAACCGAAUCUUGAAAAUAGCUCACAAAAGAUCUGGAUUGUUGCAUCUUGAACCCAUAUAUUUUACUAAUGAGAUUACCUGAUAAAUAGUUGCAAAUGUUUGAUAAAUAUGAUAGAAAGAGUUAUAUUUUAGUACUAAACGUCUUUAAAGAUCUACUAUAUGAACAGAGUAGAGGUUCCUAAUUUUUCUUCUUCUUAUUAGUGAAAAAAGCUAGGCUUUUUGUAAUAUUUUGUUAUUUCUAUUUUUGUCAUGAAUAAUGAAAUACAAGGGCACAUAUCUGUUGAAUUUUUCAUUUUAUAAUAGCUUGUGAUGUUGCAUUUUUCUUUCUUUCCAUUCCUAGUUUUUGUGAUAAAUUCUGAUUGUUUUGAUAAUUCAUAUAUAAAAAAAUGUACUUGUUUCUUGAAGUAUAGGUGCUUUCAGCUACCCAGAAUUCUUAGCCAUUAUGCUGAAUUUUUAAGUGAGCAUUCAUGUGCUUUGUAUAGAUUAUGUAGUAAUUUUUUGGCAAAAUAUAAAUAUCUUGCCUUCAGUAUAAUUGUUUUGGUACACUCAGGGUCACAAAAAAUGUUUGUUUGUUGUAGACUUGGGUUCUUAUUAACACCAUAUAAUCUGAUUGACAAGAAUAUUUUAAAUAUCUUUUUGAAAAAUGUUGAUAUUCAGAUUACUUUGGAAAGAUAAAGAUUGAGUCAGUUAAGGACUAUUCUAUUAAAGUGAAUGGGGAGGGAAGGAAGGGAAAAUGGGUCAUGGAUCAUUUGUUGUUUACAAAAUUGCUCAAUUCAAGUAUGUUGGUUAUAAGGGGAUUCAUUAAGUUUCUUUCUACCCUCAAUUUUAAUGGAAUAGACAUUAGUGUCAUAUUGGAUCUCCAAAGUUUCACCUGAGCAGUUUAGAUUUCUUCAUCUAACAUACUUUUUGAUAUCUUGGUACAGAAAAUGUACCACAAUUGAAAUGGGCAUUACAUAUGUGCUUUGUCGUUUUUGUGUUUCUCAGCCUUGUUAUGGUGCUGUUGGAGUUUCAUGAUGGAAAACAAACAGUUCUUUCACAUUUCUUAUGUUAUAAUAAGUAAUUCUUUGGUUUAAAAAUCUUGACAACAAGAGGGUCAACAGAAAUUAUGCAAUUAAAAUAGAUUUGACCACCAAAUUGGUUUAGACAUGCAUGGUGAACAUUGUAUAGUGACUUGUGAUCAUUUGUGGGGCAUUGAUAAGAGAGUCAACCAAAUGAAAAGGUUAUUAUUGAGACUUUUGGAGUAUAACCCUCCUUUGUAAGGAUUAUUUUUUCCUGAAUUUAAGGUUGACAUCAUGAUAAAGGUUGAACGUUUAAUUUGAACAAAUUGAAUAGAUUUAAAGGUUGUAUAAGUGGAAAUGUUGCCAGAUUUUUGUUCUUGUUUUUAUAGAGUAUUUAUUUCUAUUUAUAUAUAUUUUUUUAAGAUAUGAUUAUUUAUAGUGUAGGUUUCUCCAGGGACUUUCUCUACUAUGUACUUAAAGUAUAGAAAGUCCCUGGUUCCUUUAUUAAUAUUUUAGAUUAAAUAGUCUACAUGAAAAAAAGUGACCUAGAAAUUGGGCUAUCAUAAUUUUGGUGAACUUUUAUAGCUUGUGAAAAAUGUUACUGCCCUGACAACAUUAUUGGUCUGGGCCUUAGGGAUUGAGGCGCAUCCUGAAGGCUGUUAAUACCUGUAAAUAUGCAAUUUCCAAGGCAAGUCAUUAAAAUUUGAUACAGCAAAGGUUGUCAUUUUAUCAAAUGUAUAAUAUAAGCAUAAAUACUCUUUCCAAAGUGUUUUUAAGGUAAAAAAGACACUCCUACUCAAACUAUGUUGAAUCUGAAUUAGUUCAUGAUUUUAUGUGUUAGUUGAAAAUAGCUUUAGUAAUUAUAUAAGUAGUAUUUGUUUAUAAGUUAAGUACCAUUUUGUAUUUCUCUUAUUUAUUUUUAGGAACAAAUUUGUCUAUGUCUUUUUGUCAGUAGUAGAGAAACUCUAUUUGCUAUUUUGCAUUUAGUUUAGAUACUGACCAUUUUCAUUGCAAUUGAAAAUAGGUAGCCUCUAGAAUGGAUAAUUUUAACAAUGAGAAAAAAUACAUAAAAUUAGUGCAUUAUUUUGUUGUUGCUGAAAUUGAUUGAGUUUUAUGUAUGUUACUCUUUAUAGAAUUAUUCGUAAGUAUGCAAUGCAUUUUUUUGUCUUGCCUCUUUUUACUUCAUAUUUUAUAUGUAUAGUUAAAUCUGCUUUUUCAACACUUCUUUAAGAAGGUGUAAUUAAAAUAUUAUAUACUCAACACCCUACCUUAGUUUGUUAAAUGUAUUUUUAUUCUUUAUUUAAGGCCAACCCUAUCACAAAAUGGGUUUUCAUUUAUGACAAAGUUGACCUCUUACUAAUACAAGAUUAAUCAUGGUCUAUGAUAUUUCGAAGUACUGUUUAUUUGUUGUACAUAUUUGAUUUUUUUUUUAGCUUAAAUGCAUAAAUGCACCAAUUUUUAACUUUUGAAAUUCUUUAUUCUUGACAUACAUUGAAUUAUUGUCUUGGAGACCCACACUCAUUGUCUGUUCAUAACACAUGUCAUGUAUUUCUGUUUCCAGGCAAAGGGCUAUUAGGUAUUAGACAGUCAUUGAGUAUGCUGGAUUAUUUCCCCUUGGUACAAAACAGCAUUUAUAAAAUACCAUAUUUUUUCUAGUUUAUAUAUAUCCAUUCAUAUUUUUUUUUCUCAAAAUAUUUAUGUGAAUUUAGCCGUACUUUUUUUUAUGUUUUUGAGUCUAUUCAGUUCAAUUCUUUUGUAGAUCUUACUAUGGAUUAUUUUAAACUUAAUUGUUGUAAGAAAUUGGGUAGCACAUGUCAAGUUUCUGUUGUAAAACAAGAAACAAAAGUCACCCUAAUGCUUGAACAUUCUAUAACAUAUUGGAUGAAAUGAUAUGUCAAAUGAUUUUUACAUGUGAUCAUGAAGAUACUCAUAUUUCUACUCAUAGGAUGAAGUGUUCAAACAGGUGUAGAUGUUAACAAAUGUCACUAGGCCUUCAUAUCUCAUUUUACAUAGGCAUUUAACAUAUUAUUGAAAGGACCUCUUAUAGGUAGGAAUGUAAUGCAUUUGUCAUACUAAUAUUGGAGAGCUAAAUCAUCAAGACAAUGACUUUUGUCAGUUUUGAGAUAUGAAUAUAAUAAAAUUUUCCUAUGGAAAGGAAAUUUUGUGUUGAUUUUUACAUCAGAAAUUAUUGAUUUAUCAUGACAUUUUAUUCAUGUUUUUGUAUAUUUUGUUUUGUAAACAAUCUAAACAUUGCAGAUUAACCACUUAUGACAAAUUGAAUUUACAGGUGUGUAGAUAUGAACAAAACUAUUGUGUAUUUGAAAUAUACAUUUUAUCGAAUGGUCUUUUCUAAAUUUUAGAUUUUGUAGAUGCUGUAUUUAUUUUUUACAUUUCAAAGGUUGAAAAUUUAUCUUUUUAUUUAAUAAUGUAUACUUGUAAAUUUUUAAAGUUUAAUAGUUUUUAUAAUUGUAGUGAACAUAAUUUCUUAUUAUACCUUAAAUGUGUUAACAAUUUUUUUGUAACUGGUCAACUCUUUUUUAAAUUUCAUCAAGGAGUUGUUUUUAAACAAAAUUGUCAAACAUUUAAAAAGAGAUUUAAUAUGUGGAACUAGGAUAAGUUUUAUUUGAGAUCACCUGGAGGCAGUUUUUUCAUCUGGGAAAUAUUACUUUUGACCAAGAACAACAGUAUAGCUCUAUAUACAAUUAAACUGACCAGUUGUACAAAUAUUGGUUAAUACAUAUACUUGUUUGGUUUUAACAAAUCUGAUUAUUUGAUAAUAGUUUACACCAUUAAAACCAUAUAUAUUUUAAUGUGCAAUAUCCUUUGUAGGACCAAAUUAAAUGUAUAUCUGUUAACAAAUCUUUAUAUAUUUUUAUUUCUCAUAUCUGAUCACCAUUAUAAGUGCCUAUAUUAAGGUGUUGUGAUGCUGGAUAAUCUUGUCAAUGGUGAACUAUGCAUGAUAUUUUUCAGUUAUUUUGUUAAGUGUGAAAUUGGCGUGGUUUUUCUCAGUAUCUUAAGCUUAUGACUGAUAAAAUGGUCUUUUCAGACUGCUGCAGAACUUUAAUAAGAAGUUUUUUUAAGAUCAAAAUUGUUCAGGCAGGGUUUGUAAAAAAAUAAUGUGUUUAAGUAAAAUAUCAAAAAUACCCAAAAUCUGAGUCAAUAACUAUCCUAUGAGUAAAUAUUUCCAUGUGGCAUUUUUAAACAAUAUACCAUCAAUGUCAACCAAACAUACUUUUUUGUUUUGGCCCACUGGUUUCGUUUUGUUUUGAAUUUUGCACAUCUCUUUACAGAUAUCUCAAGUUGCUGUGAAAAUGUAAAUUUCAUGUAAAUUUUUAAUGGAUAUUUUUACUAAAACUUACCAUGCAUAUUUUUAUCGUAAAUGUACAUAUAUCAGAAAACUUCUUACAAUACCCUUAGUGUGAAAAUAUCUGAACUAUGAUUGUUAAAACUAAUAAGUUGGCAUUACCACACAAUUACGUUUUUUUGUCUGAUAUUUUUUUAUAAAUGCCAUACAUUUUUUCAAAUUUUCACAUUUUUACCUACUCAAAUUUUGACACCAUACAUUUAUUACUCAUGUCUGGUAUUUCAAGCUGUAUUGAUAUUUAUAGUUAUGUAUUUAUGAAACUGCAUUUUACCCUGCAAAUAAAAAAGAUACCUCAUUCUA